UAUUCAUUGACAUUCGUGUUGCCUGACUUUUUUGCUCGGACUUGCUGCACCUACAAAAUGGAAGAGGAAGAACCGAGGGAAGAAGAGCCUGUUGCUGUAAUCACUGGAGCCAAUUCGGGCAUUGGUUUAAUGGUUGCCAAGAGGCUUCUGUCUGAGGUCUCUUCUUUAUCUAAGCCAGUUAGACUCUGCCUCGCAUGUCGUAGUAUUGAUAAAGCAAUGGCUACAAGAAAAGAGUUGCUACAAGUUCAUCCUUUUGCUCAUAUUGACGUACUGGAGGUAGACACUAGUAUACCAGAGUCAGCUAGAAGUGCUGCUCAAGAAUUAAUGAAAAGGUAUAAUAAUAUAUCAUGGCUGUUUUUAAAUGCUGGCAUUAUGCCCAUUAAAGGAUACAAUAUGAAGUCCCUAUGCAAUUUAAAUAAAGAUUUUUGGGCUAAAUUAUUUUCAACUGGUGAAGGAUUGCUAAUUUAUCAUGACUGGACAAUUACCAAUACCAAUUUGCAGGCUGUCUUUGCAACAAAUGUCUUAGGGCACUAUAUAAUGGUAAGAGAAUUAGAGGAUUAUCUUAAAAGACAGGCUAACACUUGUCAUAUUAUAUGGACCUCAUCCAAUACUGCUAGGACAGUAAGAUUUGAUAUCAGUGAUAUCCAGAAUAAGAAAUGUGAUGGCCCUUAUCCUCAUUCAAAAAGACUCAUGGACUUGCUAUCAUUGAGUAUCAACAAGAGACUCAAUAAGCACGGAGUCUACUCGGACACAGUUUGUCCCGGAAUGGUGGUGUCACAAAUGACAGCUGCUGUAAUGCCGCUCUUUAUAUGGUACCUGAUUCUACCAAUAAUUUUAAUAAUUAGACUAUUUAUUACACAUUUUAUAACUUUUAAACCAGAAAAUGGAUCAGAAUCUCUGAUUUGGCUAGCUAAGAAUGACCCAACCCUCAUCGAUCACUCGUUAAAAUAUUUCAGUCGUACUCCUCCUUGUGGAGCUACUUAUAUUCAUAAAGAGAAGAUACCCUUUACAGAAUCAUUAUUAAUUAAUAUUUGGGAAGAAAUGGAGACUAUAGCAGACUCUGUAUUAUUGCUUGAUAAUGAAUAAUUAAUAACUAGUUAUAAUUAGAUUUUUAUUGAUUGGAGUAUUACGGAAAACUGAA